GGCGUCCCCGCCGGCCUCCGGGGGCUGGGCACCCACCCCAAGAAGGAGCCCAUGGAGGCGCUGAACACGGCGCAGGGCGCGCGCGACUUCAUCUACAGUCUGCACUCCUCCGAGCGGAGCUGCUUGCUCAGGGAGCUGCACCGCUUCGAGUCCAUAGCCAUCGCCCAAGAAAAAUUGGAAGCUCCACCACCCACCCAAGGACAGCUGAGAUACGUAUUCAUCCACAAUGCGAUACCUUUCAUAGGGUUUGGCUUUUUGGAUAAUGCAAUUAUGAUUGUUGCAGGAACCCAAAUUGAGAUGUCUAUUGGAAUUAUUUUGGGAAUUUCAACAAUGGCAGCUGCUGCUCUGGGAAAUCUUGUUUCAGAUUUAGCUGGACUUGGACUUGCAGGCUAUGUUGAAGCUUUGGCUUCCCGGUUGGGCCUGUCAAUUCCUGAUCUCACACCAAAGCAAGUUGACAUGUGGCAAACCCGUGUUAGUGCACAUUUGGGCAAAGCUGUGGGAGUAGCAAUUGGCUGCGUGUUAGGAAUGUUUCCUUUGUUUUUCUUUGGAGGAGGUGAAGAAGAUGAAAAACUGGAAGAGAAAAAUUAACCCUCCUAGAAGAUCUAGACAGCAGUGUAAACUAAUGUACCUCAAUUAUUGAAUACACUGUCACGACAUUUAGGAAUUAAGACAGUACCAGUGUAUAGAUAAGGGAUCAAUAAUUCCGCAUGUGUUAUGGAGAACACUAACUUACUGUGGCUUGGUCUCCUUAGGACAUCUUUUUACAAAUGGUUUGGUAAUAUUUUAUGUAAACUGUUGAAAAUGCUUUUUCAUCAUUGGCAGUCAACAUUUUACUUUUCUUUUAGUCUUUAUACAUCAGAAAUACUAAGUACCGGUCAUGAUGUGCUGUACUGACUUGGAGUCUGCUUAUUUGUCACUUCAUAUGUAUACAUGCAUGGAAGCAUUUAUGUUGCUGUGUUCCUGGAGAGUUAAAUUUAACCUGAAGAUUUUUUCAAAUUACUUAAUAUGUGUAAUAAUCAGUUUGAGAUUUUUUUUUUAACUCUUUCUGGUAACAUCAAUUUUGUACUGUU